AUGUUGAAUUUUAGGUGGCAGCAGGACACGCAAGAGAUUCCUUGGAAUCUGAGACUCCAAAACCCCAAACGGAGAACAUCCAGAUGCUGGGAUCGCCACAUCGCUGAAGGGUGUUGCUGCCUCCCGUGGAAAAAAAUACACACUUUUAAAGGAAGACAAGAUUCCCAAAAGGAAAAUGAAGGAAUGUCAUCUGCUGCCAUCCAGGAUAACGCUGAUCAGACCUACAUGGAGGAGCUGUGCUACGCCCUCAUCACUCACAGGGUCCUCAGGAGAAGGCCGUCAGGGAACUCUGCUGAGGAGUACUACGAGAAUGUUUCCUGCAGGGUGGAGAGGCCCGGAGAGGCCUUGGGAGGAACUGAGACUGAGUAUUCACUUCUCUGUAUGCCUUCCACCUCUAGGCAUCCACCUUCCCCAGAAAACGAAUAUGAACUGUGUAUGCCUAGCAGAAUCUCCUCUCACCCCCGGCAACAGCCACGUCCAUGUUUGGCCCCUUCUGAGACUCAGUUUUCCCAUUUGUAA